ACUUGGCUAAGAUGUCACAUCAGACAGGAAUUAAAGCCAACGAAGCGUUAAAGAAAAGUUUUGCCAAGUGUAGAGAUGGAAAAUUUCGUCUUCUCAAGGUUUCUAUCGAAAAUGAAGAACUAGUACCAUCUGCUUCAUCCAAACCAGUUGGAAAAUGGCAAAAUGAUUAUGAUAAAAUGAUAAAGCCAUUGAUAGAGGAAAAUCAACCGGCUUACAUUCUUUAUCGCUUUGACUCCAAAUCUUCGGAUUCUGGCUACGAUUGGCUUUUGAUAUCAUGGUCUCCCGAUACUGCUCCAGUAAGGCAAAAAAUGUUAUACGCCUCGACAAAAGCAACAUUGAAACAAGAAUUUGGCACUGCAUCUAUAAAAGAAGAACUUCAUGGGACUAUCCCAGAAGAUAUUAGCCUAGAAGGUUAUCACAAACAUAAGAGAAACGAUGCAGCUCCAGCUCCAUUAACCACUGCAGAGGAAGAACUGGCCGAAUUAAAGAAAACAACAAUUCAUACGGACUACUCUAUCGAAACAAGACAUCAAACUUUAAGCGGUGUAGCUUUUCCUGUAUCCGACGAAGCUAAACAGGCAAUAACGGAUUUAGGAAAAGGCGUUCACGAGUACGUACAGCUAAAAAUAGACCUAGAGGAAGAGAAAAUUUAUUUAGUCAUGGCUUGCGAAGUAUCAUUAGAUAAAUUACCAACAAAAGUACCUUCGGAUUCUGCUAGAUAUCAUUUAUAUAAUUUCAAACAUACUCACGAAGGUGAUUUCAUGGAAUGUAUUGUUUUUAUAUAUAGUAUGCCUGGCUAUAGUUGUAGUAUUAAAGAAAGGAUGUUAUAUUCCUCUUGUAAAGCUCCAUUGCUUGAGUUAAUUCAAUCUUUAGGCGUAACAAUCAUAAAAAAGUUGGAAGUAACUAGUGGUGAGGAGUUGGCAGAUAUGUUGGAAGACCCGCCAGUAAAAAAAGACGGGGGCAUCUCAACACCAGCCACUCCGUCAACACCAUGUGCCCCACCGAACACAAUAACGCUAAAGAAAUCGAAGCCGAAGCGAUCCUGCGUUUUAAGUUAACAGGCUUAAUAUAUAUUUUUUGCCAAUUCUGUCUCCUUCCCAAGAGAGAAGAGACCCAAAACUAUUCUCUAUGUAUUAACUGAAAGAGAACAUAAGAGCAAGAAACUAUCGUCCAGAACUUCGGAUUUCGACUUUGUGAUAUAACGCGAAUUUUUCCGAGAUAUAUUUAAACAACUUCUUUAGAAGUAUUGUUUUUUGAAAUUAAAGUGAUACGUAUCACAAUACGUAAAUAUUGUACUAACAGAGUAGAGACUUAUUGGUGUAUUUUUCUAAAUUUU